CUAUAUAAGACUUCCAGCACACUGGGGAAAUUUAUCUCUCCUUUUACAGCAAGGGCGUUGCAUCCGAGAACAACCAUGGGGUGGAAAAUACUUCCCAUCUGCUUGUCGCUGCUGCUUCCUGUUGUCUUGAUUCAACAAGUUUCAUCUCAAGAUUUAUCAAGCUGUGCAGGGAGAUGUGGGGAAGGGUACUCUAGAGAUGCCACCUGCAACUGUGAUUAUAACUGUCAACACUACAUGGAGUGCUGUCCUGAUUUCAAGAGAGUCUGCACUACAGAGCUCUCCUGCAAAGGACGCUGCUUCGAGUCCUUCGCUCGAGGGAGGGAGUGUGACUGUGACUCCCAGUGUAAACAGUAUGGCAAGUGCUGUGCAGAUUAUGACAGCUUCUGUGAAGAAGUAAAAGAUAACAAGAAAAACACCCCUAAAAAGAAACCCAAUCCAGAACCGCCGGCUGUGGAUGAAGCUGGAAGCGGGUUGGAUAAUGGUGAGUUCAAGCUCACCCCACCUCCUCCUGACCCUCCUACUACUCCACACAGCAAAGUCACCACAUCUCCCAAGACUACAGCAGCAAAACCAGUAACUCCUAAACCCAGUCUUGCACCUAAUUCUGAGACAUCCAAAGAGACAUCUUUAGCAUCCAAUAAAGAGACAACAGUUGAAACGAAAGAGACUACUGCAACAAAUAAACAAUCUUCUGCCAGUAAAAAAAAGACAACUUCAGCUAAAGAGACACGGAGUGCAGAGAAAACAUCUGAUAAAGAUGUUGAGCCCACAUCUACAAUUCCCAAGAACUCAGCUCCCACUACUACCAAGAAGCCUGUAACUACAACCAAGGAACCAGUUCCUACCACUCCUAAGGAGCCUGAACCCACAACUCCCAAGGAGCCUGAACCCACAACCCCCAAGGAGCCUGAACCCACAACCCCCAAGGAGCCUGAACCCACCACUCCCAAGGAGUCUGAACCCACCACUCCCAAGGAGUCUGAACCCACCACCCCCAAGGAGUCUGAACCCACUACCACAUCACCCAAAACCACUACUCUGAAAGCAACAACUCUUGCACCCAAAGUAACUGCUCCAGCAGAAGAGAUUCAGAACAAACCUGAAGAAACAACUCCUGCAUCAGAAGAUUCUGAUGAUUCUAAAACAACUCUAAAACCACAGAAGCCAACCAAAGCACCCAAGCCUACCAAAAAGCCAACCAAAGCACCCAAGAAGCCCACCUCUACCAAAAAGCCAAAGACAGCAAAAACGAGAAAACCAAAAACGACACCAUCUCCUCUAAAGCCAACUUCAGCAACCCCUGAACUGAAUACCACCCCUCUAGAAGUCAUGCUGCCAACCACCACCAUCCCUAAACAAACUCCAAACCCUGAAACAGCUCAAGUAAAUCCAGAUCAUGAAGAUGCAGAUGGAGGUGAAGGAGAAAAACCUCUGAUUCCCGGGCCCCCUGUGCUAUUCCCCACAGCUAUUCCAGGCACUGAUCUCUUGGUCGGGAGACUCAAUCAAGGCAUUAACAUCAAUCCCAUGCUUUCAGAUGAGACCAAUUUAUGCAAUGGUAAGCCAGUGGAUGGACUGACUACGCUGCGCAAUGGGACAUUAGUUGCAUUUCGAGGUCAUUAUUUCUGGAUGCUGAAUCCAUUCAGACCACCAUCUCCACCACGCAGGAUUACCGAAGUUUGGGGUAUUCCCUCUCCUAUUGACACAGUUUUUACUAGAUGUAACUGUGAAGGAAAAACUUUCUUCUUUAAGGAUUCUCAGUACUGGCGCUUCACCAAUGAUGUGGUAGAUCCUGGGUAUCCUAAACAAAUUGUCAAAGGCUUUGGAGGACUAACAGGGAAGAUAGUGGCUGCUCUUUCAAUAGCCAAGUACAAGGACAGGCCUGAAUCUGUGUACUUCUUCAAGAGAGGUGGCAACAUUCAGCAGUACACUUAUAAACAGGAGCCAAUGAAGAAGUGCACAGGGAGGCGGCCUGCCAUCAACUACUCGGUGUACGGGGAGGCAGCACAGGUCAGGAGGCGCCGCUUUGAGCGUGCUGUUGGACCUUUCCAGACACACACCUUCAGGAUCCAUUACUCGGUGCCCAUGAGAGUUUCUUAUCAAGACAAAGGUUUCCUCCACAAUGAAGUCAAAGUGAGCACAAUGUGGAGAGGGUUUCCAAAUGUUGUUACUUCAGCGAUAACACUGCCUAACAUUAGGAAACCUGAUGGCUAUGAUUACUACGCCUUUUCCAAAGAUCAAUACUAUAAUAUUGAUGUGCCUACAAGAACAGCAAGAGCAAUUACCACACGUUCAGGGCAGACCCUCUCCAAAAUCUGGUACAACUGUCCUUGAACUGAUUGACAAAGAAGAGUCAUCAAAAUGAAAUGAAGAAAACAGUGAUACUUUUUGACAUUGAAAUACAUUUUAUUAAUAAAGAAUGUUGAAAUGAGCAUACCUAUUUAAAUACAAAACACUUCUCAACUUGACAAUCAUUAUAUUAAAACAGAUUUGCCAAUCUUA